AGUAUUGUCGCGCACUAAUUCACCACCUCCACCAUCAAGUUCUCCAUCUAGUUUCUCAUAGUAAUGUCAUAGUGACAGUCAUUGCCAGAUUGUCUAGGUAAUGAAUUCUUUAGCACUGGCCAAUCUUCCUUGUGGCUAAUGGCAAUUCUACAUGCGGCAGAAGGAGAAGAAGAAGAAGAAUUACGGACAUUCGAAGAGUGCUACGAUGUCGCAAGUUCCAAGCACUACGGCCACAGAAGGCAAUGAAGCCUUCCCACUGCACAAAGCCGUCUUCGAAAACGAUUAUGCUCUAUUCUCUGCUUUACUACCGAACCACAAUAUUGCCGAGAAGGACGUUCAUGGUAACACUCCGCUUCAUCUUGCGGUUAUGCUCGGAAGAAACGACUUUAUAGAGGCAUUACUGACCCACAAUGCGCCAGUGAACGCACGAAACCUGAACGGUUGGAGUUGUUUGCACGAAGCUGUCAGCUUCGGCGGUCGACAAACGGUUCGUGCGUUACUGGAGAAAGGCAACGAACAAGUGCGGCAGGAAUGGGAAGCGAGGAAACCUCAAGUAAAGCAAGUCUUUGAGAGAAUCGGGAGCUUCUGUACGGAACUGCACUGGGAUGUCCGCUCUUGGGUUCCAGUAAUAUCCAGCUUGCUUCCUUCGGACAUCUUAAAAAUCUACAAAAAGGGAUUGGACUUUAGGGUUGAUCUAACGCUUGUAGACUUCCAAAACUUGCAAUGGGUACGUGGAAGCAUUACUGUCCUGGUGACUGUCUCGUUCAAAGCAAACGAGAACAAGAUAAGACUGUUGGACAACAAACGCAAAGUUUAUCAGUUCGUCAGAAAGCCAGAUCACAUCGCAAGGCAAAGUCUCGACGACGAUGUCGAUGAGCUCAUGAGCAACGACAUUGAAGUUGCUCAAUUUCAAACCGAUUCUGUCGUUUUUGAGCCGAUUCAGGUCGGAUGGGUGACCAGAGGCACAAGAAGAGAACAUGUAGGCAGAUAUGAAGCAGACUUCUAUCUCGCGAAAGGCUUGUCUGAUAAGCUGAAAGUAAGGCAAGAGCAUCUAUCAGAAGACGACAUACGGAGGAAUAACCAGUUGCGAGGUACAGCUCCGGCCAACACGACCGCACCACAAGCUGAAACCAUUGAAUCUAUGGAAAGACAAAGGCGGGAAUCCUUGGCGCCUCCUCCUCCAUCUAAUGUGACGUACCGUGAUUACAUCGGGGCACCUCCAGGGGCACCGCCUGUUCUCGGUCGGCCUCUCGUGCAGCGAUGCAGCACGAAAGCGUUCAAGCCUUCUACGUUUGCUCUGAGCGACCAGUUUCCCGUGACGGUCAACGAGUUACUCGGUCUGCUCGAAGGACUGAUAAAUCCUGGACCGUUGCAGAAAAUCCACGAUUUCGUGCUUCGAAAGCUUCCAAGAGGAUUUCCAGUUAAGCUCGAAGUACCAGUGCUACCGACAGUCUUCCUGACGUUAGCCCUUCCAAUCUUCGAGUUCCGUGAAACCAUGGAGGAUUCGCUUUUCGAAGUUCCAGAAGGCUAUCAGGAAGUAACUGACGUCAUUCCAGGCGACGUCCUAAGCUCCGUGUGAAUCAGAGGCAGCUUGUAUAUAGCACUCCGAGAGCGUUCACGAAUUUCUAGGCGUGAUCGCGAAGAAAUGAUAAAUACUAUCGGCAAAAUCAUAAGGGGAUAUGUCACCGUGAUCCAAGUAUUGUUCUGUGAUAUGCACGAAAGCAGAAAUUUCUAUUGCAAGAGGUUACAGUUACAGUGGUUGACAUAACUAGUAACCUUUGUCUACUCCUUACGCAAAUACAUAUGACGAAGUUUAUGACAGCAUAAUAGAAGUCGUGAUGCUAUGGGUUGGCUUGACACCGUCUCUACAUUGCCUCUGCCCUGUCGAUAAAGUGUGAGGUCUACCGCUGGUCUCGUAAAUGCUAGCAACCUGCGCAGUUAUCCUCGUUACACCCAUCCGGUGCAUGUCUGCACACCGGAGGUUUCGGUUGAUACGCCGUUACUCCACAGCGUGAUAUGGUCUCUAGGUAUACUUGUUGCACUCGAAGUACAGGGUGUGUGCAAUAAAAGGUCAGUAACAUUUUCGCUCGUGACGCGAAGUCUGUCCGUCAAGUAGUGCCUACUUGGCCUAUUGUUCGUAGGUUUCUCUUGCAGAAAAUAUUCACUGUGUGGCAGCGGAAGUCUGUCCGCGAAGUAGUCAUCCCGUCACGAGCGAAAACGUGACUGAUCUUUUAUAGCAUACAACCUGAACUCCAAGGAUACAGACACAACUCUCUUUACAUUGUGGCCACGUGCCGUCGUCAUUCUUCUCGUCUGACCGGUGGGGGGGUUGAUGUGGCGAUCCGUGGACGACGACGACGAAUCGACCAUGCUACCGCACUGGUCCGUCAGUUCUACCGGCACCGUCCUAGUGUGAGGCCACGCACAUCUGCCCGCUGGGACAUUCCAUCAUCGCCUGUCAGGACUCAUGUAGAGGAACACCAUCACCUCUACACAUUCAUCGAUAUGUCUCUACUGGUCGGGAAUUCACUGUCGGCAGCAGCACAGCGCAAGUGUAGUACCAUCGCUUCGAAUACCAGUUGUGGACAGUGGUCACUGUCCGCAAAUUGCCCGUUCGCUGUCGCUCGUCUGCACAAUCACGACUGUGUACGUGAUGGUUGCCCCAACCAUCUGAAAAAAUAAAAAUUUCACGCAGUAUGCAAU